AUGGUGGGCCGUGUGGGUGCGCGGCAGCCCCGCUGCAUGCCGGGAGCUGCAGUCCGUCGCGCGGGGGCUGCCGGGGGCGCGACGCUGGCCGGGAGGCGAGAGAGAAACUACAGCUCCCAGAGUGCACCGCGCGGUGCAGGGGUGGGCCAGACCUGCUGGCGGAAGGGGCGUGGCCCGGAUGACCUGGCCGACGAGAUGGAGGACGUGGACUUUGACGACGAGGGGGCAGAAGAGCCCGACGCCGAGGCUUGGGAGACUGAGGACGAUGAGGGGGUGGAGGACGGCAUGGAGGCGCAGGACGACAGCGAGGUCACGUUCUCCCUCCACUCGGCUUCUGUUUUCUGCGUGAGCCUCGACCCCAAGACCAACACACUGGCGGUGACGGGUGGGGAGGAUGACAAGGCCUUUGUGUGGCGCGUGAGCGAUGGAGAGCUCCUGUUUGAAUGCUCAGGACACAAGGACUCGGUCACCUGUGCUGGCUUCAGUCAUGACUCCGUGUUUGUGGCCACGGGUGACAUGUCUGGGCUUAUCAAAGUGUGGCGGGUGGACACCAAGGAAGAAGUGUGGUCCUUUGAGGUGGGGGACUUGGAGUGGAUGGAGUGGCACCCUCAAGCCCAUGUCCUUCUGGCGGGCACAGCUGAUGGCAACUCCUGGAUGUGGAAGAUCCCCAGCGGAGACUGCAAAACUUUCCAGGGCCCAGCAUGCCCGGCCACAUGUGGCAGGAUCCUGCCUGACGGGAAGCGAGCGGUGGUGGGAUAUGAGGACGGCACCAUGCGCAUCUGGGACCUGAAGCAGGGAACCUCACUGCAUGUCCUGAAAGGCCAGGAUGGCCACCAGGACCCCUUGACGUGUGUGGCCAGCAACCAGGACGGCAGUUUGAUCAUGACAGGCUCUGUGGACUGUCACGCCAAGCUGGUCAACUCCUCCACGGGCAAGGUGGUGUGUGUGUUCAAGAUGGAGAGCAUGGCCCCCAGGGCCCCCACCGGCGAGGGUGAGGAGGCCGAGUCCAACUCGGUGGAGUCACUGGGCUUCUGUAAUGUGAUGCCACUGGCUGCUGUGGGCUACCUGGACGGCACGCUGGCUAUCUAUGACCUCUCGACACAAAGCUUGAGGCAUAAGUGCCAACACGAGUCAGGGAUUGUGCAGUUGCUGUGGGAGGAGAGCUCAGCCGUGGUGUACACCUGCAGCCUGGACGGGGCUGUGCGGCUCUGGGAUGCCCGCUCGGGGAAGAUGAUCAGCGAGUACCGAGGGCACUCAGCCGAAAUCCUCGACUUUGCUGUCAACAAGGAUGCCUCCAUUGUGGUGACGACCUCUGGUGACCACCAAGCCAAAGUGUUCUGUGUCCAGCGCCCCGAUCGCUAGGAACUGUGCUAAGGGAUGGUGUCCUGGCUCUGCCAGGUGGCUCGUGUACAGAGGGAUGAGGGAGAUGGGUUUCACCACCCUUUUCCAGUGCGUGCUUUGUAAUUUUCCAGCCUGCCCUGCUUUGCCCUCGCCAUCUGGGGGCCAAGUCUGGGGUUUUGUAUGAAAAUGUCUUUUAAUUAUAUAAAUUAUUUCACUUAACUGGAUGCCAUCCACUCUGCUUGUUGGGGGGGAAGAGGACCUGGGGAGCUGUGCUCCCUCCCUCCUCAGGGAUCUCCCCAGCAUCCAACCAUGGCCUGAGGAGCAAUGGCAGACAGUUUUAUGCUGGGCUGGGUGGAGGCAGAGACCCCCAUCCUAGCUCUCCCUGUUAGGUGGAAAUGAGGGGUCGGGGUAGGAAGGAAGGGUGCAGUUUGCUAGCUGAGGGUAGAAUCCUGCUCUGUGCAGCCCAGGAGUUCCUGAACACAAUAGGCUACUCACUCCUAGACCUGGGCACAGCCCCCACUUCAGCCCCCAAGACAGAGGCCACCAGAAGUAAUUUGCUCCAGGAUACAGUACUGCACCUGUGACUCCAAACACCCCUUCCAGGGCAAGGCCACAUGCAUUGACAAGCCAAAGCCCCACAGCCCUUUAAGAUAGAAAGAUCUCCUUUAUUAAUGAACCCCAACAGUAUUUCUUCAGAUACAGGAGUUUUGAACUCAAAUACUCAGAAGAAAACAAGUUAAUAUUGCAUUAUUCUCAUAAGAAAUACUGCAACUUAUUUCCGGUAACAUAUUGCAAAGCGAAACAGCUUGAAAAGAAAAAAAAAAAUUAAAAAAGAAAAGAAAUUAA